UGUGCUUUGCAUCAGCGGUAUAGACGUGUGAAAAUACAAAACGGCUCCCAUAUACAUUCUAGAAAUAUUGAGUUGAAAUAGAUUCGACUACUAAAAUGGAAAUUCUAGAUGUUUGGGCUCCCCUAACCGCCCCCAGGCCUAUGUCAAGGUUUGCUGUAAAACUCGAUAGCAGUGAGGCUACUGAGACAAGCUAUGUGGGUCGGUGUUCACACGACGGAAAUAAGCUGCCAGCCACCAUUAUACCCAGCAGAGGCUGUGCUAUUGUCUAUUGGAACAAUUUGGCACAUGUGAAAUUCGAUUAUGAAUUUCUUGUAGGUCCAGGAUACUGUUGGACGCCUGUCAGUAAUGGAACGCUGCCGACAAAUGCUGUGUCUGCAGGCCAAACCAAGGAGGAUGGAGAAUUGCUAUACAUAGCCAAGGCCAAACAUAAAGACAAGACUUUAUUGGGAGCUGUUAGAGCAAACCAGCAGCGCUUUAGCCUUUGGCAUGAGGACAAUCAAAUCGAAUGGGACAAUUAUGAGAUAUUGACAAGAGCAUGCAGCGACUUGUGGCUGCCUACUGAUGUGGAAAACCUACCCACCGGUGCUGUGCUGGCAGGUCACGACAAUGAUGGCUUUGCCACUUAUGUGGCUCGAGCCAUGCAUAAGGGCAUUAUGUCGCCCGCCAAAUUUCUUCCCCAAAAGCGAGCAGCCUUCAUUGCCAGUGAUGGCCAGGAAGUUCUAAAGACAGAAAUAGAAGUUUUAGUGGGAUCCAACUACAUGUGGCAAAAACCCCAAAAAAAAGAUGAAGUUCCAUCGAAUGCGGUGUUCGCGGGACGAGCACGUGAUGGCCAACCUUUGUGUGUGGGUCGUACAUAUCUGCGUGGCAAUGACAUACCGGGUCUCAUUUCAUUCGAAAGGCAAUGCAUUAUUGUGCCGUAUCAAGGUAGAGGCUUGAGUAUUAUCUCCUAUGAGUUGUUGGUGAAACAGGGUGCCGAUGGCCUAUAAGUCAAAGAAGAUUGUCUUGGUCUUGGUCUCAAUAUAUAUAAACAAAAUUGAUAUGAAUAAAAUGAGAUAUUGAAAUAUU